AGGAAAAAGACGAAUUAAAUAAAACCAAACAGACAUGUAAUCGUUCGCGAAAGAAGCUUCGGAACGUUUUUCACCAUUACAGGAGAGAUGUGGCAAGAGGGAUAAAUCAGGAAAACCAAAGUCUUUUACAGUGAGGAGGAGCACUACGACGUUUUAUUCCAUGUUACACUGUGCAGUAUAUUUGAGCCCGGGGAGGUGGUGUAGUUGUUUGCGUGAAUUUGAGUUUUGCAUGAACAACUGCAACGUAUGCGAAUUUUCACACCUUGAUAGUUUGUAGUUGUUGCGUUCUUUCCACGCUUGUUUUCAUUUAGUUUUAAUUUCGCAUAGUUAUAGUUAAGAGACUCCGGCUACUUCACACUACGGAGAUAGCUUGUGGAUCAUCACCCCCGUGAUGUUUCACUGUAUACCCCUGUGGCGGUGCAACCGUCACAUUGAAUCGAUCGACAAACGCCACUGCUCCCUGUUGUACGUUCCAGAUGAGAUUUAUCGCUAUAGUCGGAGUUUGGAGGAGCUUUUACUGGACGCAAACCAACUCCGUGACUUGCCCAAGCCAUUUUUCCAGCUAGUUAAGCUAAGAAAACUUGGAUUGAGUGACAAUGAGAUCCAGAGACUCCCCCCGGAUAUAGCCAACUUCAUGCAACUAGUAGAACUUGAUGUGUCACGGAAUGACAUUAUGGAAAUCCCUGAAAGCAUCUCAUACUGUAAAGCUCUCCAAGUAGCAGAUUUUAGUGGGAACCCACUGACCAGAUUGCCAGAAAGUUUCCCAGAGUUACGGAAUUUAACAUGCCUUUCCAUCAACGAUAUUUCAUUGCAAGUGCUUCCAGAUAACAUUGGAAACCUCUCAAAUUUGGUAUCACUGGAACUUCGAGAGAAUCUGUUGACGUAUUUACCAGAGUCUCUAUCUCAACUUCACAGACUUGAAGAACUAGAUCUAGGGAACAAUGAACUUUAUAGUUUGCCUGAAACAAUAGGUUGUCUUGUCAGCUUGAAGGACCUGUGGCUGGAUGGAAACCAGUUGACCGAAAUACCACCGGAGAUGGGCAGUAUGAAAAGCUUGCUGUGCCUGGAUGUUUCGGAGAAUAAGCUGGAGCGUCUUCCGGAGGAAAUGGCAGGUCUCCUCUCUCUCACUGACCUACUGGUGUCCCAGAAUCUCAUCGAAGCCCUGCCAGAGGGCAUAGGAAAAUUAAAGCGGCUUUCGAUACUAAAAGCUGAUCAAAACAGACUCACCCAGCUGCCAGACAGCAUUGGCCACUGUGAAAACCUCACGGAACUUGUGCUGACAGAGAACCAGCUGCUAAGCCUGCCAAAAAGUAUUGGAAACCUUAAGAAACUGUCCAACUUCAACUGUGAUAGAAAUCGCUUAACAUCUAUACCUAAAGAGAUAGGAGGAUGCAAGGGCCUGAAUGUCUUCUGUGUUCGAGAGAAUCGACUCACUCGUAUUCCCUCUGAGCUCUCACAGGCCACAGAGCUGCAUGUUUUGGAUGUUUCUGGAAACAGGUUGGGGUAUUUGCCUAUGUCUCUGACGACACUGCGACUCAAGGCCCUGUGGUUGUCCGAGAACCAGUCCCAGCCUCUGCUUACCUUCCAGACGGACGUGGACCCUGAGUCUGGAGAAAAAGUCUUGACCUGUGUUCUUCUGCCCCAGCAGCCCUGCGAAUCAGACAAAGGUAAACUAUACCGUUACUGCUCAGAUAACCUGGCUCGAUGUGGAGCUUUGGAGAGUCUGGUCAACGACAUGGUGGAUGACACGUGGGAUUCUCGAGCCAUGAACAGAAUAAGUGCCAUCCGCUUCCUGGAGGAAGAUGAUGAUGAAGAUGAUGAAAAGGGAACACUAAUGCGGCGGGCCACGCCACACCCUGGCGAAUUGAAAAACAUGAAGAAGGCUGCGGAGAACCUUCGCAACGACAUGAAUGCUGCCAAAGGCCUGGAUUCCAACAAAAAUGAGGUCAAUAAUGCUGGCGACAGAGUGACCACGUCUGUGUGACUUUUUUACCUCAGAAAUGUCUUCUACCUUCUGUCUCGCGUCAUGUAACCCUGUAUAACUGUCCUCCCCUCCCCUGCGGGACCAAACCUCUCUCCUGUGGCUCAACCCUGCAAGUGCCAGACCAUCUUAUCACCUCCCAGCACCUCCCCUCUUCAUCUCCUUCUCUGACCCAGGGACUGGGCCCUGACCCCCAGAGAACACGUGCUCACGUGCCUUCUUCUCUAAUGACGUCCAGAGCAAU